CUCAUAAUCAAGAUCAAUGUCAAUGUACAUAUCAGUUCAGUUGCUAUACAUUCCUUUUUACCUCCUUUAUUGUUUCCCUUUACGCUGAACUCCACUUCCCGUCCCGUCUGUGGAUGCUGGUCCAUUUCUCUGGUUGACUUUCGGAUUAGCCAGCCAUGUUUUCAAUUUUCCUGUUUGCAUCGUAUCUCCUGUUGACCCAAUGCCAAUCGAUUCAACCUGCCGCCAUUCCUCUUGCUGUCCGGUCCCCUUAUUUCCAGUCAUACCUGUCCCACACAUCCACGACGAGUGGCACCAAUACGUGGCCGAGUUUUUGGACGACGAACCACACCUUGGGUUGGAGCGGGUUGCUACGAGUAGAUGGGACACUAUACGAAUGGCUGGGUUCUGCUGUUGAGGAUGGAGGUUUGACUCUUGCCAACAAUGCCACCGCAAAGGCGGUAACGCUACAGAACUAUCAAAUCACCCCUACUCGUUCUAUUCUUUCUCUGCAGGCUGGAGCUAUGGAUAUUAAUGUUACUUUCCUCAGUCCGAUUGAGGCUGCAGAUUUGGCCCUUCAGUCUUUUCCUUUCACCUACGUCUAUUUCGAAGCCUCAUCCACAGACGGUAAAUCCCAUUCGCUGCAAGUAUAUGAAGAUAUCAGUGGUGGUACGCUCGAAAUCUUUCUCGUCGCUAUGAUCAAAUUCACUGUAUCCUUCGCAGAAUGGACUUCAUCCAGCACUACGAACAUCGUGCAGUGGAACACGACGACGAGCAACUCCAUAACUUAUCAUCAAGCUCAACGCUCCCCCUUCCAGUUUAUGACCGAAACCAACAACAUAGCGGAGGAUGCAACGGUGUACCAUGUGACGAAUUCGGGAUCUGGUGUAACUUUUCAGACCGGCGAGGACCUCGUGGUUCGCAGUCGAUUUCUGAACAAUGGUAGCCUUGGUAAUUCUCAAGAUACCACUUUCCGUGAAAUAAGCGAUAACUGGCCUGUUUUCGCAUUCUGUAAGGAUUUUGGAACCAUCUCCUCCACAUCGGCUCCGCUUGUGUGGGGAAUUGGGCUGGUCCGAAACGGAAAUAUCAUUUAUACCACCACGGCUGGGAAUCAAACAAGACAUCCAUACUUCUUAACCAAAUAUGCAGAUGUUGCAACCGCGAUGGCAAAUUUCAUGAAUGAUGCCACAAAUGCGCUCGAACGUUCCAAGACUCUGGAUAGCAAGAUUGUGUCAGAUGCAAACGCGAUUUCCUCCAAUUAUGUCGACCUCGUUUCUUUGGCAUCCCGACAGCUCAUGGCAGGCCUGGAAGUCACUGUCGGCGCAGACUCCAGUGGGAAAUUGAACGCAUCAGAUAUUCUCGUUUUUAUGAAAGACACUGGAAAUUCCCAACGCACAAACCCAGUGGAAGCGAUGUACGCGUCGUUCCCGGGCAUCCUCUACCUCAAUGCAUCUUGGGCUGGAUAUCUCCUUAAACCACUGAUGCAACUAGAACAAUCCGGUUUGUACUCUCAGUCGUUCGCCGCGGGAGACCUCGGAAAUUCCUUCCCGGUCGCCACUGGAAAUGCCAAUCCAACUGUAUUUUCCGCGAUGGAAAGCACCAGUGAUAUGAUUUCCAUGAUGUGGGCUUACGCGACGUUUUCUGGCGAUGGGACGUUGAUUUCACAAUACUAUUCUACUCUCAAAACAUGGACAGAUACACUUAUUUCCGAGAAUCCCUUAACGCCGAAUGGCUACAUCUCGGCCGACGGUCUGAGCAGUGCCAACAUGACUAACCUAGCAAUUAAAGGCAUACUCGCUAUCCGUACUAUGGCGGAAAUUAGCAAAACACUCGGAAAUUCCGACGACUACAAUUCAUACUCCAGCCAGGCUUCUUCUCUGGUUUCUCAGUGGCAAAAUAUAGCAGGAUCUUCCGGACAUCUAUCUUCAACUUAUGGGUCGUCAAAUUCUUGGGCUAUGAUAUACAAUCUUUACCCGGACAAACUUUUUGGUUUUGAUUUCGUGGAUGAUAGUAUUUACCAGGAGCAAACUUCAUGGUACGCCAGCGAAGCAUCGUCAGCACUGUCAUUUGGUUUGCCAUUCGACAGCAAUGAAGCUAAUACAGCGAAAUCUCAUUGGACUCUCUUCACCGCUGGAACGGUAACGGACACAAGUACGAGAAACUCACUCGUGUCAAUGGUACAUUCUAGUGCAGCGAAUCUAAAGAAUUUCGCCCCCUUCCCUACCACAUACAACACAAGUGACGGAACCAUCCAGGGGGGUACAGCUAGGUGUGAAUGUUGUCAGAAGUAAUCGUGUUUAUUUUGCUGAAAAUAAAUCUUCAUUUUUGC